GGGGCGAGCUAGGCUCUGCCCCCUCUGUUACUUUACUCAGCCUGGCACAGGCACCUGCACACCAGAGCCUGCAGCAUCCUCUGCCUCCUUUGCUUUCAGGAGGUUGGACCUGGUGCAGAACCCAGAGAAGUCCGCGCCCAGCCAUGGGGAGCCGCGUUUCUCGAGAAGAUUUUGAGUGGGUCGACACGGAUGAACCGCAUGCGCAGAGGAGACGAGAGAUUCUGGCAAAGUAUCCAGAGAUAAAAUCCUUGAUGAAACCUGACCCCAACCUCAUCUGGAUCAUAACUCUGAUGGUUCUCGUCAAGCUGGCUUCAUUUUACUUAGUGAAAGACCUGGACUGGAAAUGGGUCAUAUUUUGGGCCUUUGUCUUUGGUACCACCAUUAACCACUCAAUGACUCUGGGGAUCCAUGAGAUUUCUCACAAUUUCCCAUUUGGCCACCACAGGGCGCUGUGGAACCGCUGGUUUGGAAUAUUUGCUAACCUUCCUAUUGGGGUUCCAUACUCGAUUUCUUAUAAAAUGUACCACAUGGAUCACCAUCGAUACCUUGGAGCUGAUGGCAUUGAUGUGGAUGCUCCUUCUCACUUUGAAGGCUGGUUCUUCUGCACCACUUUCAGGAAGCUUAUGUGGGUUGUUUUUCAGCCUUUGUUGAUUUUUCUUCGACCUUAUUUUGUCAACCCCAAACCAGCUACUUAUCUGGAAACUAUCAAUAAUGUGACCCAGAUCACUUUUAACAUUAUAAUUUACUAUGUUUUUGGAAUUAAAUCUUUAGUCUACAUGUUGACAGCCUCCCUGCUUGGCAUGGGUUUGAACCCAAUUGCUGGGCAUUUUAUAGCUGACCAUUACAUGUUCUUAAAGGGGCAAGACACCAACUCAUAUUAUGGGCCUCUGAACUUUCUCAUGUUCAAUGGGGGCUACCAUAAUGAACAUCAUGACUUCCCUAGUAUUCCUGGAAGCCGCCUUCCACAGGUGAGGAAAAUAGCAGCUGAAUACUACGACAAACUCCCCCAUCACGACUCCUGGGGGAAAGUCUUGUAUGAUUUUGUGAUGGAUGACACACUGAGUCCCUACGCCAGGGUGAAGAGGCUUCCAAAAGGGAAUGAGGUUCUGGAGUGAAUAUCACCAGAGCCAAAGAAAACCCUUUCCAAAGCUUUAUUAUUAUAAAUGAUAUGUGGCAAUAUCUCCCCACCCUGCCUCUCUCACUGGUAAUUAUCUUAGGGCAUCAUACAUGCGCAGCAAGAGCUCCGCCAAUGAGCUCUGUCCCCAGCCUGAUUUGGCCUGCUUAAACUUGGACCAGUGAUGGUCAGAAGCUGUCUCGCUGCAAUUUAAAAUCAGAUUUCUAUGAUAUCAUGAAUUCACUCUGGUUUUCAGUCGGCCUGACUGUUACAGUGCUCACCUCCGCUUACAGGGCAUUUGCUUAUUGAAUUAUAUCAUUCCUGGUGGUGUCUUUAUCUAUGUCUAUCACUUUGUAAGCACAUCAUGAAUUGCCUACCUUACGACAAGAUUUUUACCAUUAAAUUUUACUUUAAUAAAAAAGCUAACCAAGUGCACUAUGAA